CCGGCCGCCGCCGCCAUGUGGUCCCCAGCCCCGGCCCCCGACCCGGCCCCCGAGCCUGCCGGCCACUCCCGGCCCGACGCGGCGGUGGCCGGGCUCCGCGCCCUCCUGCCGGCGCCCGCCUUCCUCUGCUCGCUCAAAGGCCGCCUCCUGCUGGCCGAGUCGGGUCUCUCCUUCAUCAUCUUUGUCUGCUAUGUGGCAUCCACAGCGUCUGCCUUCCUCACGGCUCCUCUGCUGGAGUUCCUGCUGGCCCUCUACUUCCUCUUUGCUGGUGCCAUGCAGCUGAAUGACAAGUGGCAGGGCUUGUGCUGGCCCAUGAUGGACUUCCUACGCUGUGUCACAGCGGCCCUCAUCUACUUCGCCAUCUCCAUCACAGCUGUUGCCAAAUACUCGGAUGGGGCUUCCAAAGCAGCUGGGGUGUUCGGCUUCUUUGCCACCAUCGUGUUUGCAGUUGACUUCUACCUGAUCUUUAACGACAUGGCCAAAUUCCUCAAACAAGGGGACACCGCAGCCGAGACCACAGCCGAGAAGGCAGAAGAAGAGAAUUCCUCUGACUCCGACUCCAACUCCAACUCCGACUGAAGGCCUGCCCUGCCCUGGCAACCCAAGCCACGUGGGCCUUUACUGGAACAUGGCCAGGGGACCGUGUGUCUUGGGAGGGAGGCUGUGACAUAUUGAGCAGCAGUGGGAGUUGCUGACGGAGCGGGCCUCCUCACAGCCCCAAGGUGAUGUUGCUGAGCCCAGCAUACAAGAUGGCACCCCAUGGCCUAGCACUAACUACUCUUGCACAGGAGGGCAUCUUGAAUGUUCUGCCCCUUUUCCCCAUGCCUGGCCCACAGACCUUAAGCCCUUAACCUCUCUGCCAAAAAUAAGCACAAGGGGAGAAGCAGAUAGAGCCUUGUUAUCCCCAUCACAAGAAGCAUUUCAUGCUUGAGGGUU